AUGAAAUCCCCAAAUUUUUUAAACCCCCGCCUUUUUCUUCCUCGUCUCCAUCCCUCAGGGUUUGAGAUUUCUUCCAAAUCGAUCCUCACACUAAAUGGUUCGGCGAUUGCUACUUCUUUCGAUUGCAGCGCCGCUCGUCAACUACGACUCACCAACCGUCAAUCGAAGCUACCAGUUGAACAACCUCUAAUCAACACCUCCACCUUCUCGUCUCUCCUUCUCCACCAGAAAGAUGAAAUUGAAGAAUUAGAAGCAUCUCUGGAGGCUUUAGCGGAAGAGCUUGAUAAAAACAUUCUAAAAGGUCAAGUUCUUGAAAUUCAAGUGCCACCAUUUGAAGAACAGAUUGAUAGCAAUGUGGUUGUGGCUUAUGCAAUGGAUCUGUUGGAUCUUGUACAAAAAGUGUUAAAUGCAUGUGUUCGUCAAAAAAAUCUAGAAGGGGCAUUUUGGGUAUUGCAGCAGCUAAAGGAACAGGGACAACUACCUAAUACCAUAACAUAUGGACUCAUAAUGGAGGUAAUGCUUCCAUGUGAAAAGUAUAAUCUUGUUCAUGAGUUUUUCAAAAAAAUGCAGAAAUCAUUUAUUCCAAAUUCCUUAACUUACAAAGUUGUUGUGAAUAUAGUCUGGAAAGAAGGGUGA